GCGCGCGUGCCUGUCGCUCGUGAGGUAUUUUUUAUCGUUUAAAAGCUGAUUUCCAUUUAUGCUAUAAGAUUGUGGUCCUAAACAGUAGCAGCUCUUCUGAUCGGUCAGGUGUUGAGCAUCUCAUCAAGCUGGAGAUGUUUUCAGAGGAAAACUAUGUGGAACAAAAGACCAUGCACAAGCAGGAUGGAGAGGCUGAUAAUGCUGAAGCUUCAUCUCCUCUGCGAAAUGUCUCAACUCCAGCAGUCACGUUGACCCCACAAACUUCAUUUGACAUGCCAUGGAUGGACACGUCCCACAAACGUGUCAGUUCCUCUUGGAGCCCGUUGAGAGAGCGUGACUCGACUGGCAGGAGAGGUACGCAUCGACACAGUAAUCCAGUGGUAGCAUUGGGGCGGUUCCUCAGUCCUAAGAUCGGAUCGACUUCAUCAUUGACAUCUUGCUCAAUUUCUCCAAACGAGCUGUGUGGGUUCUCGCCGCUCUUUAACCACCAGUCCUCAUGCACACACAUGCGCUAUGAGUUAACCACGUCCCAUACCGAUGACCCUAUCACCCGCAGACGGUCAGUGGGCUCAGAGCCUCUCUGGCUGUCAGAACCCACCUCACCGGGCUUCAUCGACACCCACUGUCACCUGGAUAUGCUCUUUGGGAAGUUGGGCUUCCAUGGAAGCUUCCAGAGUUUCCGUGAAAAAUUUAGCAGCAGUUUCCCUGCGGAGUUUCGCGGCUGCAUUACGGACUUCUGCAAUCCGAAGGUCAUGGAGAAAGAAGCCAUCUGGGAGGGGCUGAUAGAGGAGGAGUUUGUAUGGGGGGCUUUUGGAUGCCACCCCCACUUUGCCAAGGAGUACAACUCCAGGUAUGAGCAAAGCAUCAUGGAAGCCAUGCGCCACCCCAAGACCGUUGCGUUCGGGGAAAUCGGUCUGGAUUACUCGCAUAAGAAUACAACCCACCCCAACACACAGAAAAAGGUGUUUGAGCGUCAGUUGCGCUUGGCUGUGUCUCUGGAUAAGCCUCUGGUUAUACACUGCCGGGACGCUGAUGAUGAUUUGCUGGACGUCAUGAAGAAGUGUGUUCCCCGAGACUACAAGAUACACAGACACUGUUUCACCAACAGCUACUCCGUAAUCGAGCCUUUCCUGAGUGAAUUCCCGAACCUACAUGUAGGUUUUACGGCGUUGCUGACGAACCCCAAAGCCAAAGACCCCCGAGACGCCGUGAGAAAAAUUCCACUGGACCGAAUAUUGCUGGAAACCGACGCACCCUACUUCCGACCCAGACAGGUCCCUCAGGCUGUGUGCAGGUUUUCUCACCCGGGCAUGGGCGUACACACCCUACGAGAAAUAAGCAUCCUGAAGGGAGAGCUUUUUUCUAACGUGCUGCAAAAGAUCCGCGGAAACACCACACACAUCUACGGCCUGUAGAACGCACCCGGGGUCAGUGGAUCUCCCAGGACAUCCAGUAAGAUCUUCUGCAGCACAGGACCGUAAUCCUCAUACUCUGUGUCAGUGAG